AUGAACAAAACGAUAAAUGAAUAUAAUGAUUUAUUCCAUCAUUGUGUACGAGUAUUGAAUGAAUAUAAUGAUACAAAAUCUGAGAAAAUAUUCUUAGAAGAAUAUUUUCAAUUAAAUAAAGUAUUAGAUCAAUCAUUUGUAUCGAUAGUAUUAACUGAUUGUAUUCGUCAUUCACCAUUACUUAAAAUAAUAAUCGAAGUUUUUUAUAAAACAGAUGAUAUACAUCUACGAAAAUCUGAUGAAAAUAUUUAUAAAGUUAUUAUUUACAUUAUCUUUUUUCAAUUGGAUUUAGUUGGAUUGCCAUUCUUCCGAGGAUUUAUUGAUUCAAUUAAAUCUCAACAGAUAUAUCAAUUAUUACAAUUUCUUCUAAGUGAAACUCAUCUUUUAACAAUUAAAGCUGAAUGUCUGAAAUUAUAUGAAGAAGAAUAUAUCAAUGAAAAAAUUAUUCGUGUUAUUCACAGAUAUCUUCCUGAUUUACGUGAACUUUCAAAGAAACUUAAAGAACGUCCAUUAUCAUCAGAACCAAUUAAAUUUAAAUCAUUUAAUCUUACAAUACCUAAACCACGAACAACAUCUAUUUCAAAAGAUACAGUAAAAGUAGAAGACUGUCGAUUGAAAUCGCAAGAACAAAUUAAAUUAAGAAAACUUCAUGAAAAUAAACCUAAUCAAAGACGAGCGAUAUCUGCAAUAGAAAAAUCAAGUCAAACUCAUUUUCGAGCUAAACCAUUACCAAAUUUUCAAACAAAUAAGAUCCCAGUUAAAUUAAAUUUAGCUACAGUACUUAAAGAAAAUCAAUUAUAUAAAAAACAAGAAGAUGAUAUUCAUCGACGAUUAGAUUAUCUUGAAGCUGGUGGUAAAGAUGCACAUGAAUUUCUUCAAUGGCAACAAACAAUGCAACAACAAGAUUAUGAACAAAAACUAAAUACUAUUGAACGUAAAAAAUUAGAAGGAAAAAUAAGUUAUGAAGAAGCUAUUCUUGCUAAACAACGUCUAACAAAUGAAAAUCGACAGAUAGCUAAUGAACUUAAACGUCAAACACGUGAAACAAUUGAAUUUCAUGUUAAAGAAAAACUUAAAGAAGAACAAAAAAUGAAACAAUUAAUUGAAGAAAUUAUCAAUGGAAGAGAUAAUACGAAAUUAGCUCAACAAAAACUUCAACAAUAUAAAACUGAUUUUGUUAAACAAUAUAAAGAAGAUACAAAACAAUUAAUGAAACAAACACUUGAAGAGGCUGAAAUAGAAAUGCGACAGCGUAUGGAAUUAAUUCAACAGAUUCGUGCUAUUGAAUCGAUACCAAUUGAUCGAUCGAAACCAGUUGAUCUUACAUCAAUAGUUGGACAUGGUGUACAUGAUGAGAUGUCAAUGAAUGAAUUACGUGAACGUCUUGAACUGAUUAAAUUUGAACGUGAAAAAGAACGUGAAUCACGACGUGAUCAAAUAAUCAAAGACAAACAAAUCAAAGAAAAAUUACUAACAAAUACAGUUCAGUCUAUAAAUAAACAUAAGAAUGGAUUAACAACACAAACCAUUGUCAAAAAACAACGAAAUACAAGUGCACCACCAUUGAUUCAUAAGAAUAAUUCAGAAAUUCAACAAUUAAAAAAUCAUUUAGAAUCAAUAAAAAAUCAACGAAUAAUUAUGGAAAGAUUACGUCGAAAAUUUUCUAAAUUAAAAAGAAAAUCUUUUCGAUCAACAAAAAAUGAUUUAUAUGAAAAACCUGAUGAUGAUAAUAUAUAUGUUGAACCAAGAGAAGAUGAACUUUCAAAUAUUAACACACAUUUUGAUGGUAUUGCUGAAGAAUUACUUAUCAUUGCAAAGAAAUCGUCUCAUACUAUUCGAUUAGCAAAACUUCAUAAUGAUCUAUUAACUUUAAAAACGUUUAUAACACAAAAACUAAAUGAAAAUUCCAAAGAACUUUUUAAUGCUAAUAAACAAAUUAAUGUAUUAAAACGAAAUUUGAAUAAACAACCAAAUGAUAAUGAUCCUGAUAGUACACUUAGUAUUCGAUACAAUCGUUCGUUUGCAAGCGAUCGUAGCAUGGCUGAUACAACAUCAUGCUAUUCAAUCUGGUCACCAAAUAAUAGUAUAUUAAGUUCAUCAUUAACAACACCAACAUUUCGUCGUCGUUUAGCUGAAACAUCAACAUCAGAUAUAAAUUAUUCAUCAGUUGUACAAGAACAUUUUGUUUAUUUAUAUCAACAAUUAUGUUCAAAUUGUUCGAAAUGUUCAUGUUAUCAAACAUUUAUACGUAAUCAAAUUCAAUUAGAAUAUUUAUCUAUAUGUUCAUAUAAUGAACAAUUAAAAAGUGAAAAUGAUUUUUUACAACGUCUUUUAGCUGAUUGUAAAUAUUCAUAUGAAAAACAAUAUGUUUUAUUUAAUCAAUAUGAACAAUAUUUAAUUGAAUAUGAACAUUGUAUACAAAUUCAAUAUGAACUUAUAAAAACAUUACAAGAAUUAAUUGAUCGUUUUCAAAUAACAUCUGAUAAACGAAAACUUACGAUUAAUAAUCAUGAAAAACAUGUUUAUCAAAAACUUAAUGAUAAUGUAAACACACGAAUAAAUUAUGGUGAAGAAAAUGAAGAAAUUUUUCGUACGAUAUCUGUGUUACAUGAACAAUGUCAACGACAAGUAUCCCAAUUACCAAAACGUGCACAAUUAUAUUCUUAUUCUCGAGAACAAUUUCAUCCACCAGCAAACGUAUCGGGUGUUGUUGAUGUAGCUGAUCUUGAAAUAUCUGUAUUACUUGUUGAUUUAUUAACAUUAAAACAUGAAAAUAAUGAAUUACGUUGGACAAAUGAUCGUUUAUUACGUGAAAAAAAAUCUUAUAAAAGUAAAGUUGCUGUUUUAGAAUUAACAAACAAAUAUUUUCAAUUAAAUAAUGUAACUAAUAUAUCAUCCGAAGAUUCAUCAAAUGAAUUAAUCCAACGUGAAAAAACUCUUCGUUUAUAUGUUUAUCGUUUAUAUGAUUUACUUCAACGAACAUCCGAACAAGUUGAAGAACGACAAAUCUAUUAUGAAAAUCUUAUAUAUCAAAUAAAAAUACGUAAUAGAAAUCUUAUUGAUCAAAUUCGACGAAUAGAAAAUAAUAAAAAACCAUAA